AUGGCCGACGCGAUUCCGCAUUGGACAAGCUCUCGCUUUCGAUGGAACGCGACCAAAUUUUCUUGCAGUCACACAAGAUUCAAUAAGAAAGCCAUCAACUAUUUGUUUCCAAAAGACGCCAGCAAAUAUGUGACAAUCGUCAGAAACCCGGUCGAACAGUUUGAGUCGACUUUUAACUACAUGCAAAUCGGAACUGUGUUCGGUUUUGGGACAGAUCCAUCUGAAUCAUUGAAAGCCUUUCUAAAGAAUGGAAUAGGAUUUAAUAUGCUCAGAAAAAGCGGAAGUUCUGUUUUAGCUAGAAAUCCGCAAAUGUUUGAUCUAGGUUUGGAUUUCAAGUUUUAUCAGGAUGCCAAAGCCAUUAAAGAGUACGUUGAAUUCUUGGAAGAAGAGUUUGAUUUGGUUUUAGUCGCAGACUAUUUUGACGAAUCUGUGGUUCUUAUGAAGAGAUUACUAUGCUGGGAAUUGGACGAUGUACUUUUUGUAAAAACAAACGAACGGCUUGACAAGGACAAAGCUACUGAAAUAUCAGAUGGUACGAAAGAGAACAUCAAACGGUGGAACAAAGCCGACGUGUUUACGAACACUUUAACCAAACUCUUUGGCAAAGAAUCGAAAGGGAAGGAAAAGACUUUUACGACGAUCUUACGAACUUUCGUCGAAUGA